AUGCGGCGGAGUUUGGCCUCGUCCCCCCGAAGCUCCAGGCUGUGGUUGGUGUUCGGCUGGGCAGGAGCCUUUGGGCCGUGGCAGGCGCGUUGGGUGCUCGGUGCCCGCUUGUGUCGCUUUGCGGUGGCCCAACACCCUGAAAUCAACCAUCGCCCAGCGUGGGGAUCCUGCCUUCGUUUCAAGCCUGGUCGUUUUGAAAGAACUAUCAGUAUGGAAGAUAAUGAGAUGAGUUAUAAAUACAAGCUUGAAGAAGAGUUGCCUGGUGGCAGCAAGAUGGGAAACAAGGAUGCUUCUGAAGGAGUUCAAGACAAAUCUGAUUCUAGCGUGGAAAGCUUGGAACGCUGUUUGGGCAGCAUUAGUAAUAUGCAGGCUCUGAAGCCUACAGAUAGAAUUUGCUCAUUAACCUUACAGAGGAACCUCAAAGAGCUCAACAACAUAGCCAAGGAAAAGGAACUUGAGGUCCGAGAAGCCAGAGACAAGCUGAGUACCUGUCAGCUGCGGAUGCAGAUGCUGGCAAAGCAGCUGGAGUAUGUAGACAUUGAAAUAGAGAAAGAGGAGGCGGCUGGCAAUGUGGCAGCCUUGUCCCGCCUUCAGGCAAUGCACAGACGACUGUGUACUGAACUGGAGAAAGAGAAGGAUUUUGAGUUGAAAAUUGCUUUGACACUAAAAGAGAAAAUGCUUGAGAUGUGGCAGAUAGAAACUGAGCAGGGAAAAUAUGAAGUCCUCUGUGAACAGCUUACAAAAGAUGAGGAGGAGCUAGAGAAGCAAUACCAAGAACGAGCCAAAUGUGAAGAAAGGCAUAAAAAAAUGCUUGAGGAUGCCAAAAGGAACCAUGAAAAAGCAGUAUGCUUCCUGAGAAAAAGCAUGGCAAGAAUUCAUGAAAAAAAUGCAAAGGAAGAACUGCAAGCUCAGGAGCAUAUGGAGAGAAGGCUACAAGCUGUGCUUUCCCUGAAAACCAGCAUAACUUCCAAUAGGGAAAAACUCCAUACUCUCCAGGUUUGGAACAAAGCAAAGGCCUUUAAGGCAAAGAAGCAGGAGAUGAAAAUGAGGGAAGCUAUCCUGGCAGAAGGAGGCAAUGUUACCACGGAAAUUUUUCUCCAUAAACGACUGCUAGAGCAGGAAAAAGAGAAACAAGCUUUUAGAGAACAACAAAAAUCAAGAAAAAUUGAGAUUGUAUCUCGAAUUUUGCAAGAAAAAGCUGCUCUUCACAAGCAGAAAAAAAGUCAGCCCUGUACUAAGGCAAUAAAGAGUGGUGGUAAACUUGGGGAAUCUUUGCUGUGGAGAAAGAAAACAUGGCAAUAUAUUGAGAAGACUUGCAAGCAUUCAGCUGGAGCAACAUCGCAGACGUGGUGCUCUCCAUCGGCUUGUUCCUCAGCUGGUGAGAAAACUGCUUCUGUAGGAGAGACUUCUGAAAAAAUACCCUGUGAUGUGCUCUGGGAACAUGGUGAAGAUGAGAAAGAGGGGGACAAGACCCUAGCAGAACCAGAGUUCCCGGGACUUUGGAGUCAGGACUGUGACUUGCACAAGAUAUCCAAAGAAGAAGUGGAUCCAAAGCAGCUGGCUACAAGGGUAGAGAAAAAAGAAAUUUUUGAGAAAAAACUGGAGGAAUUCCAGACCGGAAUUUUUCACAAGCAAAUAGCAUCUGGUCGUGAAUGUAAGGGAUGUACUUUCUAUAGUAAACCAAGCUGCAUUCAUUUCAAGGAUUUUGAUGUUGGUCAAAUCUACAAAAAGAAGAUAGUCUUGAUAAAUGCAUCCUACAGCGUUAAUUUCUGCAGACUAGUGGGAAUCAGCGAAUGGCUCAAGGACUUCAUCAGUGUUCAUUUUAACCCACCUGGCAAAAUGUCUGCUGGAAUGUCCUGUGAAGUAGUGGUGACAUUUAAGCCAAUGGUAAAUGAAACGCUGGAAGGAGAAGUCAUGUUUAUGGCACAGACAGGUGCUUUUUCGGUUCCAUUGAAAUGUACAGUCAAGAGGUGCAUUCUGGCACUAGAUAAAGAGCUCAUUGACUUUGGCAGCCAUGUGGUGGGAGAGACGAUUUCACAGACCAUCAGCCUGACGAACAGUGGAGCUUUGGGAACAAGAUUCAAAGUUCAGACAUCAGCAGGUGACGGUAGUACACACAGAGCAACAGCAAAGUCUUCUCCCGCAAGAGCUGGUAAAAUCAUAGAGAGUCGUAGAACAGUGCAGGUUACUCAACAUUUUAGUGACUGUGUGACUGAAAAGAAAGUCAGCGAUAGUCCUGUGACAUUGGUAGUUGAAAAGAAGGAACAAAUUUAUCCUGACCAGAGUGAAGAGAUGACCUCGUGUGUAGCCCAGGCGGAGCAGCAGCAGGCUGAGACAAGCCUGAGCAAUCGCUCCACAGAUCAACUUGGUCAAGAUGUAUUACAUUCCAGAUCAGAUCUAGACACAGACAAUGCACAUAUUUCAGUGGAACUUUCUCCCGAAGAAACACCAGUCGAAAUUGUGCUUGGAAAGGUUACUGAAGGUGAAAUUGGACCCUUCAGCACAGUCAGACUUCAGCUCAUAUUUGUCCCAGCUGUCCCUGGGGAUGUGCGGGCAGACUUUGUGAUCGUGUUUGACAACUCAGACUGCAAACCACUGUGCUUUAGUGCCGUUGGAGUCUCUAUUGAUGUCCCGGUUUGGGUGCCCAAUCCCAACAUUGAUUUAAAGAUCUGUAUGUAUGACCAACUUUACCAGGACUGCAUUGUCAUUCAAAGCAGAGCAAAAGCCACGCUGCGUUUGAAGUUUGAAGUAUGCAAAGAAUUGAGUAAGCACAUGGAGCUGCUUCCAAAAACGGGUUACAUCCAAGCUCAGUCAUCCUUCAGUGUGCAGCUGAAGUUUCUGCCCAGGCACUCUCUUCCUGAAGAUGCAGGGAGCUAUUUUAAUGAAGAGACAAGAGUUCUGGAAGUUCCACUGACGAUACUGAUCAUGGAUAAAGCUAAAAAAGUUAAUCUUACUGUCCAUGCAAUUGUUACUACUUCGGAUUUGGAAAUCAGUCCAGCACAAAUCCAUUUUGGAUACUGCACAAUCUACGAAGCUGUGCAGGCAAAUGUCACGCUGACAAACAAAUCCAUCUUGCCACAAGAGUUUGGAUUUGUGGGACUCCCAGAGUUUGUUGAAAUUCAGCCCAAUGAUGGACUUGGAAUUCUUCUUCCCCUUGAAAGCCUGACAUUGGACAUAAUCUUUAAAGCUAACAAGGCGAAAGAAUACAGCUUUGAACUAACCUGCAAGUCAGAGAUUAAUAGACAAUUCAAGCUGUCAUGCAAAGCAGUUGGAGUCCACCCACCUCUUGAAUUGUCUCAUUCCUUAGUUCAGUUUGCUGCCACAGCUUUAAACGGUGUGUCUACAGCAACACUGUACGUGAUGAAUGCCCACGUGAGCGCCAGCCGCUUUACUCAUGCUGUCCCAAGAAUUGGCAAUGGGGAAGCUGCCCUUGUUGGACCCACUUCGUUUGAAUUCCGUGUGCCCAAAGACUGUCCAGUGACAAUCACACCUUCUGUGGGAGCUGUGCUGCCUGGGAAGAAAAGCUUGAUUCAAGUGUCCUUCAGACCAACACUGCCAGAUCAGCUAAUCAGAGAAGAGGCAGUUCGGAGGCUUUGCAGAGCAGCUGCGACAGGGGCAGAAGUACAAAAGAGGAAGAAAGAUGAAAGGAGAGAGGGAAAGAAAUCAAGCAUUUCCGUUACCAGACAGCAGUCUUCCAGCCAGCUUGUAAGGGAUGGAGGCAGUAAAUACCUGACUUCUCUGUAUAGUUCUGAACAACAAAAAUCCACGGAGUUACAACCUGAUUCUGAUGCUUAUAUGGCAGCCCAGGCUUUCCUGAUGAGGAAUUUCAGUGGGAGGUUUGAAAAAUAUAUCAUACCGUGCUUUGUUGCAAGUGGACAUAUUGAUGAAAAGAAAGGCUCUGAAAACCUAAGCUGCAGCCCUCACAACACCUUGUAUCUGGAGUUGCACUGUCCAGCUGUAGCACCGUCUGUUGUGGUCACUUCAGAUAAUGGAAGAAGCACAGUAAAUUUUGGUGAUGUUGCAGUAGGCCACAGGAUGAUGAAGCGAAUUGCAAUACAAAAUAUCUCCCCAGAGAAGCUGGAACUAGGAUUCUCUGUUCUGAAUCCCAACGGUCCCUUCCUGUUGGUGAGACCAGUUGGAAUGCUUGAGCCAGGUGAAAAUAAAACCCUCGUCGUCUCUUUUUGUCCAAAUGAAAGUAAAUGGUUUUUUGAUAUGCUGGACAUCCGGACGGCAAAAAACAGUCUGACCCUAAGUCUGACUGGUCAUGGGGUGAUACCAUCAAUUGUUUGCUCUGUGGGAGAAGCACUCGAUAUGGGAUAUGUCAUCACCGGAGAGAAGGGGACUUCCACUUUCAAGAUACAGAACACUUCCACCCUGACCCUGCGGUACUCCAUACGACUAGAUUCGCUUUCACCAACAAGGGACAGAGACCAGCAGAGAAUUCCAUGCUUUCUUACAUCGUCUUUGCAAAGAACAGAGUUUGUUGGAACACAGAAUUAUAAUGGCUUAAGUGUGUUCAGCAUCUUUCCAACAGAAGGAGAAAUUGUUGCUGGGAAGAGUCAGGAUUUUGUUGUUACUUUCAGUCCUGAUCAUGAAAGUCUGUACUAUUCUGACCGUCUCGAGGUUGUGCUCUUUGGGAAGAAAACAGCCCAUGUGAUCCACCUGAAGGGCGCAGCAAGGGAUCAUCCCAUGUUUGUGGAAGGGGGGGUUCCACUAGACGUGCCCGUCGAGUCCUUGGCUGUAACACGACCUCUGUCAUCCCAGCAGGCACUGAAAGGAGUUUACUUCAUUCGUAUUUGUUUAGAGCUACAAGUACCAGUGAAGUCCCUGCUCCUCAUCCUGGAGUACACCGAGGGAGAGAGUUCUCCAGCGACGGCAGAACUGAAAGUUGGAGCUAUACAGACAGCUCAGUUUGCGUUGAAGAAGGGCCUGGAGUUCGCGUUUGAGGGGCUGCCGCUCCUGCAGCAGAAGGGCUUCGCUCUGGACGCCGAGAGGGGAACGGUGGAGCGUGGGCGAGUGAAACGCAUCGGCGUUUCUUGGGUGCCGCCUGCUGACUUCCGAGCUGAUGACCCUCUGCUUGUGACAGCCCUCCUGACCUUGAAAGGUGACAUCAAGGAAUCUUACCGUAUUCUCUUUAUGGCAAAAGUUGUGUCUGCGCACUCUCCCACUAUGUGA